AUGAUUCUGCUAACUGCACUUGUGUGUCUGGCCACUGGGUUACAGCAGUCUGUUGGACAGGAUCCAGCUCCAGCAUAUGCUGCUUUGUCUACUGACUUGCCAGAAGUGCAAAUAGAGAUCACUGACCAGCACAACGAGCUCAGGAGACUGGUAUAUCCAACAGCUAGAAACAUGCUGAAGAUGGUAUGGAAUGCUGAAGCUGCAAAGAAUGCUAAAAGUUGGGCAGAACAAUGCAUUUAUUCCCAUAGUCCUGUAUCCAGAAGAAAAGUUGGAAAUAUCACCUGUGGUGAAAAUCUCUAUUAUUCAAGUGUUCCCAAAUCAUGGUCAUCUGCACUCCAAGGCUGGUUUGAUGAGAGAGAUUCCUUCACAUUCGGUGUUGAACCAACAUCAUCAAAUGCAGUGACUGGACACUAUACUCAGAUGGUUUGGUAUAAGUCUUAUGAGAUUGGAUGUUCAUUUGCUUUCUGUCCAUACUCGGCUCUGUACAAGUACUAUUAUGUUUGCCAUUACUACCCUGCGGGAAAUGUAGUAGGAUCAACUACGACACCUUACAAAAAAGGAGACCCAUGCGGCGACUGUCCUGAUGCUUGUGACAAUGGACUGUGCACCAAUCCUUGCAAGUAUGAAGAUACAUAUGCCAACUGUGGUCAAUUAAAAAAGCAAUAUACCUGUAAACACCCGUUUGUCCUAAAAUAUUGUACUGGUUCCUGUCAGUGCACCACUGAAAUACAGUAAUAACUUAAAGUUAGCCUCUGCAGUAAAAUGAAAAUAAAUAAAAUCACAUAUUUCCAAACUAGAUAUAAUUCUAGAUAAAGAUUCUAACGAUGUAUUCUGCAUUGUAUGCUGUGAUCCUCCUCCUGUGUAAGUUUCAUGUUGUAUUAAGUCUCACUUAGCUAUUAACUAGGGGCAUCUGGUCUUCUCAAUCUGCCUGUAGAACUCCUUUGACGUCAAUGAAAUAAAACCCCCUUAACCAUGUUGUUCUUUGCCUU